AUGGCGUCACAAUCACCGGCUCUGGCAAGAUCAUGCAUUGGUCGCUGCUCAGCGUUUGUUGCCAAGAGACAGCUGGCAAGCAGCACACGAACUGUCGAUUCAUCGCGGCGGCGGUUCCUGGCCACGCUCACUGAGGCGGCGGCGCCCAUUGUUCGACCUCAUUUUGCUGAUGUGCAGCCGCCACGCGAGCGAACUGAAUUGGAUAAACUUUUGCGCGCGGUACAGAAAAAGGAUUCGUCACAGAUUCUCGUCGCUUUUAUCCAGUGGACGGACCUUCUAGCCAAGCACGACCCUGGCGCCGUGGAGGAGCUUCUCCAGCUUCCCGCGCCAACACUUUCCGAAGUUCUACGCUGUCUGGAUCCCUUUCAUGCUUCCGACGACGCAGCAGAGGGUAUCAAAAUCAGCGCUGGAGAAGCACAAUACACGGCCACGGGCCAGUUUGUCGACCGGCAUGGUGUGCACGGCCGCCAUCGUCGAGUGCUUGCGGGGCUGCAGACCUUGUUCCGCAUCCGCGCCUCCUUGACACCCCUCACGCUGGCCGACUAUGAAGUUGCCAUGCGCACUGCGGGCGCCGCCAUUGACUUCCAUGCCGCGCGUGAGUUCUGGAGCAAUAUCGCCGAGAACGGCCUGCAGCAGUGGCGGACCACCAAGGCUUGGAACGAGUUCCUCAAGGCCUUUUUCAUGACAGAACCGCUGUACUACCAAUUUGACAGAGCGCGAGUCGCCGUGACGGCGCGCCACUUGUACCGCAGCCGCAACCCGGUACAUGGAGCGACGCUCGAGGCACUCGACCGGCAGCGCUUUAGCAUUAACUCGCUACGACGUGAGCCGUGGAACUGCACCCCGACAGACACAGAGAGGGGCAUGGCGGACAUGGAUAAAGAAAUUAUGCGAGAUCUGCGGAAGCGUGUCCAGAGCCGUGGCUACCGCGCGCAUUGGACACGUGGGCUAUUGUAUGGUCUCGAAAUGAACGAAGAGCUUCUAUGCACCUCGAUUAAGGCUUUUUCACGAUCAGCCUCGCUGCACGCGAUCAAGGAACUCAUCUUCAACAACUACUACGGAAUAGUGAUGGAGAAUGAUCGAGAUCCGACAAAGACCACCAUCACUGGUGGCCACGACUUCGCAGACUCGCCGCUCCGGCCGACCGCGGCCCUUCUCGAGGCAAUUGCCGAAGGCUUCGGCUCCAUGUCGCACAUAGCACUGGCGCUGCAGUUGAUCACCUUCAUAUCACACCGCUACAGAAUCCCCAUCCCGCACUCCGUCUGGUCAAGCCUUCUUAACUGGACAUACCUCUUCGCUUCAAAGCCGUUCGACGCGCGCCGGAAGCUCGGCGACUGGACGUCCACGACGCAACGACCGAUCGAUGUUAUGCGCAUUUGGGAGGCCAUGACCUCACGGGGCGACAUCACGCCGACGUUUGAUGAUUACGACAUCUACAUCAAGACGCUCCUCGUGCAGCGGUGCCUUGUGAAGGCACUCGCCGCUAUCGAUGAGUACGCGAUACCGCACCACACCAAACUCGUCGGCGCGUACGAGGUAGCCGUCGCCGACGAGGUCCUCCAGGCUGACGCUCUCGGGCUCGGAGCCGCAGCCGCACCACGCCGCGCCACGCUGCGGCGACGCAAGGCCGAGGCGUUGAUGGACCGUGCCCACUACCGCAUGUCCAUAUGGUUCAAGCAGCUGUUCAAGGUCGUCUCCGCGAACCGCGGCUUCCGCGAAGGAUCCGUCGGUCUUGAGCUACUGCCCAACCUCAUUCGCGACUACGCCUACUUCUUGCCCCCGGUCGUACAGUACCGCACCGCGCAGGGUACCGUGGAACUGGAGGUGGGUGGCGGCGACGAGAGCGUAGCGGAACGGGUGGCGUGGAAGCGGCGCCUUCGCACCACGCAGGCUGCCAAGCGUAGCGGUUUCCACGUCCGCGACUGGCAGGCGUCAACGGAGCCUGACUUCGCCUGGCCAACUGUCCCGUCGAUGACGGUGCUGGAGACGCGACCGGUGCCCAAACGGCGACUAGAGUUUGUAGCGCCACCGCCGCCGCCGGGAGAGAGAGGACAGUGGUGGAAGACAUUAGAGGAUCAGAUGGUGCUGUGGCAUCGCUGGUUCGGCGCUCGCCAGCUUCCUCCUGCUGGACGCCACCGACGCAGAAGAAGUCUCUCAAGAUCACGAUCCUCGAACGCGCGCCUGAGCUCCGACCUUACGGGCAGAACGUCGACAUGCGCGGCGCCGGCGUCACGAUGCUACGCCGGCUCGGCCUGGAAGACGCCGUGGGCGGCCGCCUGGCGCAGCUGUGCUGGCGGCGCAGCGAGGAGCUCAACGUCGCGUGCCGGGCGGCCGGCGGGCGCGGCGAUGCUCCGGCCGGACGACCGCGGCGAGCGGUCCACCGUCUUCAUGACGGUCAUGAACGACACGGACCCGCGGCUCCCCGCCGCCGGCAAGCGGCAUGACAACAACGCGGAGAAGAAGGCGCUGAUGGCGGAGCACUUUGUCGGCGCGGGCUGGGAGACGGACCGCAUCGUGCGGGGAAUGGUGGACGUGGAGGACUUUUGGUUUGACGCGCUGGUGCAGGUCAAGAUGGAGCGUUGGAGCACCGGCAGGGUCGUGCUUCUCGGCGACGCUGGGGAUGGGAACGACGCUCGCGUUGACGGGCGCGUGCAGCCUGGCCGGGGCGCUGCUCCGACACGCGGGAAGGCGCCGGAGCGGGCGUUUGCCGAGUACGAGGCGGAGACGCGGCCGAUCGCGGACAGGGCGCAGAAGCUGGCGCCGGGGAUGCCGCGGAUGAUGCAUCCGCAGGCGCUCUGGGAGCUGGUGUUGCUGCACGGGCUGAUGUUUGUUCUGCAGAAGUCGGGUGUAUUUACGAUUCUGGCCAUGUUGUUCAAGCCGCCGGCGGACAAGGUUUCGCUUCAAGACCGGCCGUCUGCAAAGUAA